AUGUCAGCAGCAGUCUCUUUGUUUAAACGAAAAACAAAAAUGAUGACAACGUUGACGCAAAACAAAAGGCUACCACUCCUUUUAUAUCAAGGCGAUGAUAUCAUUAACGUCGUCUCAAAGUUUGGUCCGUACUCGGGUGUACUUUGUGAGCCG